AUGUUGUGUGUGCGCGUGUCUCCGUCAGGGCGUGUGUGGCAGCCGCGGCUCCGUCAGGGCGCGUGCUGCAGCUGUGGCAGUGUCAGGGCGUGUGUGGCAGCCGUGGCAGUGUCAGGGUGUGUGUGGCAGCCGUGGCAGUGUCAGGGCGUGUGUGGCAGCCGUGGCAGUGUCAGGGUGUGUGUGGCAGCCGUGGCAGUGUCAGGGUGUGUGUGGCAGCCGUGGCAGUGUCAGGGCGGUGUGUGGCAGCCGUGGCAGUGUCAGGGUGUGUGUGGCAGCUGUGGCAGUGUAAGGGUGUGUGGUGGCAGCCGUGGCAGUGUCAGGGCGUGUGUGGCAGCCGUGGCAGUGUCAGGGUGUGUGUGGCAGCCGUGGCAGUGUCAGGGUGUGUGUGGCAGCCGUGGCAGUGUCAGGGUGUGUGUGGCAGCCGUGGCAGUGUCAGGGUGUGUGUGGCAGCCGUGGCAGUGUCAGGGCGUGUGUGGCAGCCGUGGCAGUGUCAGGGUGUGUGUGGCAGCUGUGGCAGUGUCAGGGCGUGUGUGGCAGCCACGGCUCCGUCAGGGCGUGUGUGGCAGCCGCGGCUCCGUCAGGGCGCGUGCUGCAGCUGUGGCAGUGUCAGGGCGUGUGUGGCAGCUGUGGCAGUGUCAGGGCGUGUGUGGCAGCCGUGGCAGUGUCAGGGCGUGUGUGGCAGCCGUGGCAGUGUCAGGGUGUGUGUGGCAGCCGUGGCAGUGUCAGGGCGUGUGUGGCAGCCGUGGCAGUGUCAGGGUGUGUGUGGCAGCCGUGGCAGUGUCAGGGUGUGUGUGGCAGCCGUGGCAGUGUCAGGGCGUGUGUGGCAGCCAUGGCAGUGUCAGGGUGUGUGUGGCAGCCAUGGCAGUGUCAGGGUGUGUGUGGCAGCUGUGGCAGUGUAAGGGUGUGUGUGGCAGUUGUGGCAGUCCGUGGCAGUGUCAGGGCGUGUGUGGCAGCCAUGGCAGUGUCAGGGUGUGUGUGGCAGCCAUGGCAGUGUCAGGGUGUGUGUGGCAGCUGUGGCAGUGUAAGGGUGUGUGUGGCAGCUGUGGCAGUGUAAGGGUGUGUGUGGCAGCCGUGGCAGUCAGGGUGUGUGUGGCAGCCGUGGCAGUGUCAGGGCGUGUGUGGCAGCCGUGGCAGUGUCAGGCGUCAUCACUACAGCGUCAUCACCACAGGCACAUCACUACAGCGUCAUCACUACAGCCACAUCACUACAGCGUCAUCACCACAGGCACAUCACUACAGCGUCAUCACUACAGCCACAUCACUACAGCGUCAUCACUACAGCGUCAUCACUACAGCCACAUCACUACAGCGUCAUCACUACAGCGUCAUCACUACAGCGUCAUCACUACAGCGACAUCACCACAGGCACAUCACUACAGCGUCAUCACUACAGCGUCAUCACUACAGCCACAUCACUACAGCCACAUCACUACAGGCACAUCACUACAGCGUCAUCACUACAGCGUCAUCACUACAGCCACAUCACUACAGCCACAUCACUACAGCGUCAUCACUACAGCAACAUCACUACAGCCACAUCACUACAGCCACAUCACUACAGCGUCAUCACUACAGCGUCAUCACUACAGCGUCAUCACUACAGCCACAUCACUACAGCCACAUCACUACAGCGUCAUCACUACAGCAACAUCACUACAGCGACAUCACUACAGCCACAUCACUACAGCCACAUCACUACAGCGUCAUCACUACAGCGUCAUCACUACAGCCACAUCACUACAGCCACAUCACUACAGCGUCAUCACUACAGCCACAUCACUACAGCCACAUCACUACAGCGUCAUCACUACAGCCACAUCACUACAGCGUCAUAACUACAGCAACAUCACUACAGCGUCAUCACUACAGCCACAUCACUACAGCGUCAUCACUACAGCAACAUCACUACAGCGACAUCACUACAGCCACAUCACUACAGCCACAUCACUACAGCGUCAUCACUACAGCAACAUCACCACAGGCACAUCACUACAGCCACAUCACUACAGCGUCAUCACUACAGCCACAUCACUACAGCGUCAUCACUACAGCCACAUCACUACAGCGUCAUCACUACAGCCACAUCACUACAGCGUCAUAACUACAGCAACAUCAUUACAGCGUCAUCACUACAGAGACAUCACCACAGGCACAUCACUACAGCGUCAUCACUACAGCCACAUCACUACAGCCACAUCAUUACAGCGUCAUCACUACAGCCACAUCACUACAGCCACAUCACUACAGCGUCAUAACUACAGCAACAUCAUUACAGCGUCAUCACUACAGCGUCAUCACUACAGCGUCAUCACUACAGCGACAUCACUACAGCGUCAUCACUACAGCGACAUCACUACAGCCACAUCACUACAGCCACAUCACUACAGCGUCAUCACUACAGCGUCAUCACUACAGCCACAUCACUACAGCCACAUCACUACAGCGUCAUCACUACAGCCACAUCACUACAGCCACAUCACUACAGCGUCAUCACUACAGCCACAUCACUACAGCGUCAUAACUACAGCACCAUCACUACAGCGUCAUCACUACAGCAACAUCACUACAGCAACAUCACUACAGCGUCAUCAUUACAGCGUCAUCACUACAGCGUCAUCACUACAGCGUCAUCACUACAGCCACAUCACUACAGCGUCAUCACUACAGCGUCAUCACUACAGCGUCAUCACUACAGCCACAUCACUACAGCGUCAUAACUACAGCAACAUCACUACAGCGUCAUCACUACAGCAACAUCACUACAGCGUCAUCAUUACAGCGUCAUCACUACAGCCACAUCACUACAGCGUCAUCACUACAGCCACAUCACUACAGCGUCAUCACUACAGCGUCAUCACUACAGCGUCUUACUACAGCGACAUCACUACAGCCACAUCACUACAGCCGUCAUCACUACAGCGUCAUCACUACAGCAACAUCACUACAACGUCAUCACUACAGCGUCAUCACGACAGCGUCAUCACUACAGCCACAUCACUACAGCGUCAUCACUACAGCCACAUCACUACAGCGUCAUCACUACAGCGUCAUCACUACAGCGUCAUCACUACAGCCACAUCACUACAGCCACAUCACUACAGCCACAUCACUACAGCGUCAUCACUACAGCCACAUCACUACAGCGUCAUCACUACAGCGUCAUCAUUACAGCGUCAUCACUACAGCCACAUCACUACAGCGUCAUCACUACAGCGUCAUCACUACAGCGACGUCACUACAGCGUCAUCACUACAGCCACAUCACUACAGCCACAUCACUACAGCCACAUCACUACAGCGACAUCACUACAGCGUCAUCACUACAGCGUCAUCACUACAGCCACAUCACUACAGCGUCAUAACUACAGCCACAUCAUUACAGCGUCAUCACUACAGCCACAUCACUACAGCCACAUCACUACAGCGUCAUAACUACAGCAACAUCACUACAGCGUCAUCACUACAGCGUCAUCACUACAGCGACAUCACUACAGCGUCAUCAUUACAGCGUCAUCACUACAGCCACAUCACUACAGCGUCAUCACUACAGCCACAUCACUACAGCGUCAUCACUACAGCGUCAUCACUACAGCGUCAUCACUACAGCAUCAUCACUACAGCAUCAUCACUACAGCGUCAUCACUACAGCGACAUCACUACAGCCACAUCACUACAGCCACAUCACUACAGCGUCAUCACUACAGCGUCAUCAUUACAGCGUCAUCACUACAGCGUCAUCACUACAGCAACAUCACUACAGCGACGUCACUACAGCGUCAUCACUACAGCCACACCACUACAGCCACAUCACUACAGCAACAUCACUACAGCCACAUCACUACAGCCACAUCACUACAGCGACAUCACUACAGCGUCAUCACUACAGCAUCAUCACUACAGCGUCAUCACUACAGCGUCAUCACUACAGCCACAUCACUACAGCAUCAUCACUACAGCGUCAUCACUACAGCCACCAUAUGGGAUCACAGCCUCGGGUCACGCUGAGCGGACACGCACCAUGUGGGGAUCAUAUAAAACAAUGGUUCUAAUCCCGGACAAUCGCUUUAAUCAGCGUUUGAUAAGCGUCCACGGAUACGGAGAAUACCAGAGAUGGACUUACCAUGGACCAGCUGGUUUAUUAAGGAGGCUUAGGGACGUCCUCACAUGGUCCUCAGCUAUAUGGAGAGGGACCAGGAGGUGGCUCAGGGACGUCCACACAUGGUCCUCAGCUGUGGAGAGGGUCCAGGAGGAGACUUGGGAACGUCCUCACAUGGUCCUCAGCUAUGGAGAGGGACCAGAAGGAGGCUUAGGGACGUCCUCACAUGGUCCUCAGCUAUGCAGAGGGACCAGGAGGAGGCUUAGGAACGUCCUCACAUGGUCCUCAGCUAUGGAGAGGGACCAGGAGGAGGCUUAG